GUGCGCGGCGGCGGCUGCGGCGGCGGCGGCGGCGGGAGCGGGCAGCAGGGAGACCCAGGCGGAGGCCGAGAGCCGCGUACCGGGCGCCUUGGGGAGGCGAGCAGCUCGCGACCGCAGCCCCGGGAUCCUGCUGCCCCUCCGGGCCGCCAGUCUCCGCCUCUUUGCCAGCACCAGCGGCUACGCAGCGACUCCUGUCCCGCCGCCUCCCUUUCGCUCCGCAGCCUUCCGUCUCCCCGCAGCGAGCCCGGCCGGCCGGGCCGUGGCCUUCCUCAGUGCCGGCCGCCAUGGCAGGGGCGCCCGGCGCGGGGGAAAUCUAGCCCGAGGAUUUUAUGAGGCCUAGCUUGGUUCCGUCUCCUCCCCCAGUGGCCCGGCAGCUGCCCGCACCUUAGCCCCCACUCCGGGCCUCUGAGUCUCUCCUGUGAUCGUACUGACACGGCCGGGGGGUUAGAAUGGAACAAGCUGAAGGCUCGAUGAGAGAAAGGGAAAGUUAAGGAUGCUGGAGCAGAACAAUGGAUUUCUCCUUCUCUUUCAUGCAAGGGAUCAUGGGAAACACAAUUCAGCAACCACCUCAACUCAUUGACUCCGCCAACAUCCGCCAGGAGGAUGCCUUUGAUAACAACAGUGACAUUGUUGAAGAUGGUGGCCAGACACCCUACGAAGCUACCUUACAGCACGGCUUUCCAUACCCACCUACAACAGAAGACCUUCCUCCACUUACAAAUGGCUACCCAUCAUCAAUCAGCUUGUAUGAAACUCAAACCAAAUACCAGUCAUAUAAUCAGUAUCCCAAUGGGUCAGCCAAUGGCUUUGGUGCAGUUAGAAACUUUAGCCCCACUGACUAUUACCAUUCAGAAAUUCCAAACACAAGACCACAUGAAAUUCUGGAAAAACCUUCCCCUCCACAGCCACCACCUCCUCCUUCGGUACCACAAACUGUGAUUCCAAAGAAGACUGGCUCACCUGAAAUCAAACUAAAAAUAACCAAAACUAUCCAGAAUGGCAGGGAAUUGUUUGAGUCUUCCCUUUGUGGAGACCUUUUAAAUGAAGUCCAGGCAAGUGAGCACACAAAGUCAAAGCAUGAAAGCAGAAAAGAGAAGAGGAAAAAAAGCAACAAACACGAGUCAUCUCGGUCUGAAGAGCGCAAGGCACACAGAGUCCCCAAAGGAGAGCCAGAGGGGCAAAGUAGACCAAAUGAGAGGGUGGAUCCUGCACCAGAUAAACCAAGAGAAGAACCCAUACUCAAGGAGGCCAUCCCGGUUCAGCCAAUACUUUCUUCUGUUCCAACAACAGAAAUGUCCACUGCUGUUAAGUUCCAGGUUGGCGAUCUUGUUUGGUCCAAGGUGGGAACCUAUCCUUGGUGGCCUUGUAUGGUUUCAAGUGAUCCCCAGCUUGAGGUCCAUACCAAAAUUAACACAAGAGGUGCCAGGGAAUACCAUGUUCAGUUUUUUAGCAACCAGCCAGAGAGAGCAUGGGUUCAUGAAAAGCGGGUACGGGAGUAUAAAGGUCAUAAACAGUAUGAAGAAUUACUGGCUGAGGCAACCAAACAAGCCAGCAAUCACUCUGAAAAACAAAAGAUUCGGAAACCCCGGCCUCAGCGAGAACGCGCCCAGUGGGAUAUUGGCAUUGCGCAUGCAGAGAAAGCAUUGAAAAUGACUCGAGAAGAAAGAAUAGAACAGUAUACAUUCAUCUAUAUUGACAAACAGCCAGAAGAGGCUUUACCCCAAACAAAAAAGAAUGUUACCUCCAAGACCGAAGUUAAAAAACCCCGAAGACCAAGAUCUGUGCUGAAUAGUCAGCCAGAGCAGACCAGUGCUGGGGAGGUCGCCUCCUCACAGUCAGGCAGUGAGAUUCGAAGACAGAGCCAGAGGCGGAACACAAGCUUGGAAGAGGAAGAAACACCCCCUGUUAAAAUAACCUGGAAAACAGCAGCUGCAAGAAAGUCCUUACCAGCUUCCAUUACAAUGCACAAAGGGAGCUUAGAUUUGCAGAAGUGUAAUAUGUCUCCAGUUGUGAAAAUAGAACAAGUGUUUGCUCUUCAGAAUGCAACGGGAGAUGGGAAGUUUAUUGAUCAAUUUGUUUAUUCAACAAAGGGAAUUGGUAACAAAACAGAAAUAAGUGUCAGGGGGCAAGACAGGCUUAUAAUCUCUUCACCAAACCAGAGAAACGAAAAGGCAACUCAGAAUAUGUCGUCUCCUGAAGCAACAUCUGGUUCUGCAGGCUCAGUAGAAAAGAAGCAACAGAGAAGAUCAAUUAGGACUCGAUCUGAAUCAGAGAAAUCCACUGAGGUUGUGCCAAAGAAGAAGAUCAAAAAGGAGCAGGUUGAAACAAUUCCUCAGGCUACAGUGAAGACCGGAUUACAGAAAGGUGCCAGCGAGAUUUCAGAUUCCUGUAAGCCUCUAAAGAAAAGGAGUCGUGCCUCAACUGAUGUAGAAAUGACUAGUUCUGCAUACAGAGAUACAUCUGACUCCGAGUCUAGAGGACUGAGUGACCUACAGGUAGGCUUUGGAAAACAAGUAGAUAGCCCUUCAGCCGCUGCAGAUGCAGAUGUUUCUGAUGUGCAGUCCGUGGAUUCAAGUUUGUCUCGAAGAGGCACUGGAAUAAGUAGGAAGGACACUGUGUGUCAGAUCUGUGAAAACCCGGGUGAUUCUCUGGUUCCUUGUGACGGGGAAUGCUGUAGACAGUUUCACCUGGAGUGCCUGGGGCUGACUGUAGUCCCUGAGGGAAGGUUCGUCUGCACCGAGUGUAAAACCGGGCAGCACCCAUGUUUUUCAUGUAAGGUGUCUGGCAAGGAUGUGAAACGUUGUUCUGUCAAUACUUGUGGGAAAUUUUAUCAUGAAGCCUGUGUCCGCAAAUUCCCCACUGCCAUCUUUGAGUCCAAAGGAUUCCGCUGUCCCCAGCACUGCUGCUCUGCCUGCUCCAUGGAGAAAGAUAUCCACAAAGCCAGCAAAGGGCGGAUGAUGAGGUGCUUGAGAUGUCCAGUUGCAUAUCACUCUGGAGAUGCUUGUGUCGCUGCUGGAAGCGUAGCUGUGUCCUCCCAUGUUCUCAUCUGUAGUAACCAUUCCAAACGGAGUAAUUCUUCUGCUGCUGUGAAUGUAGGCUUUUGUUUCGUUUGUGCCAGAGGGCUGAUAGUUCAGGACAAUUCAGACCCCAUGUUCAGUUCAUAUGCCUAUAAAUCCCACUACCUACUGAAUGAAUCAAACCGUGCAGAGUUGAUGAAAUUACCUAUGAUUCCUUCUUCGUCAGCUUCCAAAAAGAAAUAUGAGAAAGGUGGAAGAUUGCUCUGCUGUGAAUCCUGCCCUGCUUCCUUCCACCCAGAAUGCCUGAGUAUAGACAUGCCAGAAGGCUGCUGGAAUUGCAAUGACUGUAAAGCUGGCAAGAAACUGCAUUACAAGCAGAUUGUUUGGGUCAAAUUAGGAAAUUACAGAUGGUGGCCAGCAGAGAUCUGCAAUCCCAGGUCUGUGCCACUGAACAUCCAAGGCCUUAAACAUGACUUGGGGGACUUCCCUGUGUUCUUCUUUGGUUCUCAUGACUACUAUUGGGUUCACCAAGGCAGAGUGUUCCCUUAUGUUGAAGGAGACAAAAGCUUUGCUGAGGGACAGACUAGUAUUAACAAGACCUUCAAAAAAGCACUAGAAGAAGCAGCGAAACGUUUCCAGGAAUUGAAAGCACAAAGAGAAAGUAAAGAAGCACUGGAGAUAGAAAAAAACUCAAGGAAACCUCCCCCUUACAAACACAUCAAGGCUAAUAAAGUAAUAGGAAAGGUACAGAUCCAGGUUGCUGACCUUUCGGAGAUUCCCCGCUGUAACUGCAAGCCUGCUGAUGAAAACCCUUGUGGCUUAGAGUCGGAGUGUCUGAACAGAAUGUUGCAAUACGAGUGUCACCCGCAGGUGUGCCCUGCCGGGGAUCGCUGUCAGAACCAGUGCUUCACAAAGAGGCUCUAUCCAGAUGCAGAAGUCAUCAAAACAGAGCGAAGAGGCUGGGGUCUCAGGACCAAAAGGAGCAUUAAGAAGGGUGAAUUUGUAAAUGAAUAUGUUGGUGAAUUAAUCGAUGAAGAAGAAUGCAGACUUCGAAUCAAGCGAGCCCACGAGAACAGUGUAACUAAUUUUUAUAUGUUAACUGUUACCAAGGACCGUAUCAUUGAUGCUGGACCAAAAGGAAAUUAUUCUCGUUUCAUGAACCACAGUUGUAAUCCAAACUGUGAGACACAGAAGUGGACGGUAAACGGAGAUGUUCGAGUUGGGCUUUUUGCUCUUUGUGAUAUUCCUGCAGGAAUGGAGUUAACAUUUAAUUAUAACUUGGAUUGUCUGGGCAACGGCAGAACAGAAUGCCACUGUGGGGCAGAUAACUGCAGUGGUUUUCUAGGAGUACGGCCAAAGUCUGCAUGUGCUUCAACAGCUGAAGAGAAGGCCAAAAGCGCCAAGUUAAAGCAGAAGAGACGGAAGCUCAAAACAGAACCAAAGCAGAUGCAUGAAGAUUACUGUUUUCAUUGUGGAGAUGGUGGAGAGCUGGUCAUGUGUGACAAAAAAGACUGUCCCAAAGCGUACCACCUCCUAUGCCUUAACCUGACUCAGCCACCAUGUGGAAAGUGGGAGUGCCCGUGGCAUCGAUGUGAUGAGUGCAGCGGUGCAGCAGUCUCCUUUUGUGAAUUCUGCCCACGCUCAUUUUGUAAAGGUCAUGGAAAGGGAGCUCUGGUACCCUCUGCACUGGAAGGUCGUCUCUGCUGCUCUGAACAUGAUCCCUUAUCUCCUGUAUCACCAGAAUGCUGGAGCAAGAUCAAAUGUAAAUGGGAAUCACAAGAUCAUGAAGAAGAAGUAAAAGAGUAAAUGGUGGUGAUCCCCCCCCCAUGAAACAGAAAGGAACAAAUAGAUAAUGCUUUUAAAAACAAGACUAGUGCGGACAGCCUUGCCAUCAGAACUGCCUUAUUAAAGCAAAAAAUGGGAAACCACCUCACAGGCAGAAGCAGUUGGUGGUGUCUGUUUUCUCUGUUGUUUGGUUGCUUUCGGGAUUCUUUAGUGGAGAGUGACAUUCACUUGGUCUUCCCACCUUUUAUUGUGCUUCAGUGUCUUUGCAGUGAAGAAAAAGAGAUGUCUUUGAUUUUAAAGUAAAAACAGAGAAGAGAAAGUU